AUGGAUUUAUUGACUUGCAACAAUGAUCAUCAAGAACGAAGCAAACUAUUGAAAAAGAUGGUGAAAGAAUUGAGAGAGACAUCAUCUCCUGUGAAAAUUUCAUGUUUUGGUACUUCGAUUUGGGAUGAGUCAUUGUACAGAGCAAGGAAUGCAAUUGUUAAUCAAUUAAUUCCCAAUCAUGAAAUGAUCGAGGAAAGCUUAAAUAUGGUUGCAAAAGCUUGUGAAGCAGAUGAAGUGGUAUUGUUCGAACGUUCGACAUUUCUUGUCAUCGCCCAUUCAUCCACACAUGACUUUGAGAUUCAAGAAAAUGAUGAUUUGGACAUUCAUCUAUUUGAGAAACUUUCAAACAUUAUAUCAAAUUAUUUAAAUUGA